AUGCACCCAGAGUUGAAAAACACCUGGACUCCUGCAGUCAAUGUCUUGACAUGGUUCAUGUUGGUGACGGCUAUUCUGAGCGUCUUGACUCGUCUGGGGACAAAAUACUUCAUUUUCCGCAAGUGGACAUUUGACGAUGGUCUUGCCACUACGUCGAUGGUGUUCUGCAUCGCACAGUCAAUUGCUGUCUCGAAGGCAGCGGAGAAUGGACUUGGACAGCACCGUGACAUGCUAUCCGAUGUCAAAAUUGAAAGCAUCAUGAAGGCUGAAUACGCCGCAACCAUUCUUUUCAUUGCCAGCAUUUGCUUCUCUAAACUGUCGCUCCUGGUCUUCAUUCGCAACUUGACUCCCGCAGCCUUGGAUCGCCGUUUUGCGCUUGUGUUGGGAAUAUCGAUCGGACUGUGGGCUAUUGCUAGCAUUUUCACGGCCGCAUUCCAAUGUCAUGUGCCGCAGACAUGGAAUUAUCUACAUGGGAGUUGCUUCAACCGAGCUUCGUGGUGGAAUUAUCUCGGCGUCACAAAUAUCUUGUCGGAGGGUGGAAUAAUAGGCCAAGCGCUGCUGGUUAUCGUUCGUAUCCAGACCGAUCUCAGCCGGAAAGCUAGUUUGUUCAGUGUGUUCUUGGUCCGAAUCAUCGUAAUCGUCGCGAUUAUUUUCCAACUUGCUUACGCCAAUCAAACUACCUCAGGCGAUUUCACCUUUGAUGCCUGGUCCGUCGCAAUUUCUACUCAAGUGGCUCAAGCCAUGAGCAUCGUCACAGCCUGCUCCCCCCAGUUCAAGCCUUUCUUGGAUAGUCUCCAGUCAACAGGAAUGGGUUUGGGCAUGACGAGCUCCAACAACGGCAGCAAAGACAGGACAUAUGGCAUGAGCACAUUCAAGACAUCCCGUCGCACUGCGGAUACUCGAAGUGAGACUCACGAAUUAGUCUCAGUCCCCCAUGGGACUCAUCAGGCUAUGGUAACAUCGGACGAGGACGCUGAAAGCCAGUCUAGCCGAUCUAAUAUAAUAGUGGAGACGACCUGGACGGUGACUGGAGGGUUGCCGAAUUGA